AUGAAUUUGUGCAGAAUUUAACACCAUGAUAAUCAGAAAGUUAAAUACAUCUGUUUAGACUAAAAAUGUAAUCAAGAUCAAAAAAUAGGUAUUGUAAUCAUGUUAAAAAUAGGUUGUGCUGAUUGUUUUUUAGAAUUUCAUGUACCAAAUGAUAUUGUUUCUCAUUAAAGAAAAUUAAUAUCUGAAUUUGAGGCUGAAUUGAAAACUAAAAUUUAAAAUUUGACUGACAUUUCUAUUUCUACAAACUCUAAUAAUUCAGAAUCAGUUGAUUAAGAAUUUGAUACUUGCAUGGAUAAUUUUAUUUAGAAAUUGACCAAUUAUAAAGAAUAAAUUAAAGAAGAGAUAAAUAAUGAAAAGAAAGAAUUUGUAACAUAGGUGAAUGAAUUUAAUUAAAAAAUUACAGAGUAGAUUGAUUUGUAAAAUACAUAAAUAUCACAAUUAUCAACUAAUGAAAUUAAUAAAUCAAUUUCCUUUUAUUAGAAUUCAAACAAUAUUGUUCUUGACUUAAAAAAAGAUUUAUAAGAUAUGGAAAUGCAUAAAAAUAAAUUAGAUUUAAAAAAAUAAAAAGCAGUUCAAAAGUUAAGAAUUACUUUUGAAUAAAUUAUCAAAGAACUUGAUGUUAAUACCAAAAAUUAUUAUAACAAAAGCAAUGAUAAUAAUAAUAAUAUAUCUUCUACACCUGAAAAAUAAAUCUAACCCUCUUAAUUGAGUAAUACUACACAGUCAACUCCAACAAAGAAUAUUGUGGAUGUUGCUAAAUCUAAAAAAUAAAGAAAAGGAAAGAAUUGA